AUGGCUGGUGUCCAGCUCCCGCCCAACAUGACCGAAUUUCGCAUGCCCAUCCACCAGGGCCCUCCAUCCCGCAAGCCUAUAUCCGGCUCUGCCCAACCUGCUUACCCAUACCAAGCCUAUGAUGCUCCUCGAUCCCUAGCGUCACACUCUGCCGCUGCCCAAACCACCCACAGCCGUACUCGUACUACCUCUUCCAGCGUUCUCCCCCACGGCUCCGCCUCGCAGCAGUACCAAGGGGUUCCGCCUGCCGCCGUCUCCCCACAUACCAUGACUCCUCCGGUCAUCUCCCCGUCCCGACGCAUGUCCAGCACAACCACUUCCACCAACUCGACCGGUAACAACAUGAUGCCGCAGACAGACCCAGAUAUCCGGCGAAGCGCUUCCAACCGCUCCGCCAGCUCGCAGCUCGGAUAUGUAGCUCUCAUGCGAAGACAGAAGGCCACCGUCUGGUGCGAUCGUGCCCAGCCCCAAGACGCUCGAAUGCGCGAGCAGGCGAUUCGCGACAAGAAGCGCGCGUACCUGGAAGUCCACGGCGCAGGCGCCCGGCGAUCAGGGAACAGUGGCAAGAUUCGACACACCAAGGGUGGCCUGGACUUUUCGCCGUCAAACCUGGUGGGCGCGAAGGUGCCCGUCCGACUCAGUGCCAACGAAAUCGGCGAAGAGGAAGAGGAUGACCGCAGCGCCGAGGGUGUUGCUAUGCACCGAAGAACAGGCAGCGGCCGCAGCUCGAUUGCGAGUGCCCGCUACCCUAGUGGAUACCAGCGGCCGCAGGGUACAAUGGGUAGCAACAGCACCCCGCCCAACGAGAAGACCGACCUACCGGGUGUGUCUGAAAACACCCCGGCGGAGAUUCAGGAGGAGGAAAAGAGUCGAGUAUCGUCUCUGGUCAAGGACGACGCGGCCACAACCCACACGACGAACAGCAGUGAGAUAGAGGACUGGGUCCCCGACAUGCAGGCUCCCAGCGCCGCAGAUCAAGCAGCCCAGAAAGCCAAGAAGGCAGACGAGUUACGGCGGCGCGGCAGUGUGGACGAACGAACAACUUCCAUGACCAAUGUGCGACUAUUUGUUGCCAAUCCCGACCUCAGCGACUGA